AUGCAGGCCACACCGCUCUUCGCAAUGCUGCCUAGCAUUGAUCCUCUGGAAUACAUCUCAGGGUUCACGACAUAUGCUAUCCUCGUUGUAUAUCUCGCAAUCAGGCUUUCUUUCAAAGAAACCUUUCCUCUCGUGGUCGGACUCCCGUUAUGCAUUGUCUCGUUAUUAGUAUGCGCGCUAGUAUUCGGCAUAUCACGUCUCAGGGCCGACACAGGGCUUCAGUUCGGAUCCUUUAACGCUUUACGACUAGCGAACUGGCUGUGCAUAAGUAUACAGGCAUCGCAAUGGUGUUGGGUUUCUAUCUUGGUUAUGAGCAUGGUCCCAGCCUUGACAGCUUACAGCAUUGCCAGUGCUAUCAACGACGAGGACCUACGGCGGGAUACUCUGCGCAAAGUGCGCAGAACUAUGGCUUGGCUCGCGGUCCCAGUACUUACUGGCCUGGCAUUAACACUACCCUGCUGUGUUCUUUCUGCUGAGCAAGUGCCCCCCCUACAUAAACUCCAAUUCUCUACUCAUGGCACACUGGGUCAAGUGGUGCUCGCGCUCUUGCAGAGAAAAAGUCUACUCGGAAGAAUAGGGCGAGACUAUGACGACAAUGAACAUAGAAGAGCUUCUCCAAGUACAUCUAGGGAGACUUUGGCGAAUCACGCAGAGGAUCCUGAGAACGCGUUAGUGGACUUGGACCGCGAUGUCACCGGCGCCUACCACCUGCAGCUUCAGGAGAUAUACAAACCCAGACCUCAGAACACUUGA